AUCAGGGGGAGGGAGAGAGAGAGAGAGGGAGAGAGAGAGAAACUGUUUACAUUGUGAAGCGCAUCCUGCAGGUUGUCGCUCUCAAGUAUUUAUAAAUGUUUUUUUAUACUUUGCGUCGACACUAACUUAGGUUGUUUUUUUUGGGGGGGGGGGGUGUUUUUAUUGUCACGCGCGUCAGCAAAAAAAAAAAAAAAAAAAAAGAUGUGGGCGCAGGGAUGAACUUAAGCGUCCUCCUCGCCACGGGCGCCACUUCGACCAAACUAGCCAUGUCUAGGAAGAAGGCGUUAAAGGGCAAAGGCACCACGAAGAGUCCAAAAGGGUCGCCGAGCGGCGGCGGUGGUGGUGGUGGCAGGACAGGGAAAGGUUUGGCUGCAGGUGCCUCGCCGACAUCCGGACUGGUUUACCCCAGCAGACCGUCCAUCAGCAGUAGCGGCGAAUUCUACGACAUUGCUUUCAAGGUGAUGCUUGUGGGAGAUUCCGGUGUUGGAAAAACCUGUUUGCUGGUCCGCUUCAAAGAUGGAGCCUUUCUAGCUGGCAGCUUCAUCUCCACAGUGGGCAUUGACUUCCGGAAUAAGGUGAUGAGCAUUGAUGCUGUGAAGGUCAAACUGCAGAUUUGGGACACUGCUGGUCAGGAGCGAUUCCGAAGUGUCACACACGCGUACUACCGCGAUGCUCAUGCUCUCCUUCUUCUCUACGACGUCACCAACAAAGCAUCAUUUGAUAACAUCCGGGCGUGGUUGACGGAGAUCUAUGAGUACACCCAGCAGGACGCCGUCGUCAUGCUGCUAGGCAACAAGGCCGACUCCAACCAUGACAGGGUGGUGAAGCGAGAGGAGGGCGAAAAACUGGCAAAGGAGUUUGGGGUGCCCUUCAUGGAGACCAGCGCCAGGUCUGGACUGAAUGUCGAGCUGGCCUUCACUGCCGUGGCCAAGGAGCUGAAGCACAGGACCAUGAAGGAGCCUGAUGAGCCCAAGUUUCAGUUGCAAGAGUACGUCAACAAAGAAAUGAGGACUGCCGGCUGCUGCCGCUCAUAGAGUGUGUGUGUGUGUGUGUGUGUGUGUGUGUGCGUGCGUGUGUAUAUAAAGGUAAGAUACAGAUGUACACGCCCAUAAAUUAUUCAAGUCUGUGCCCCGGAGUAAUGUUUUAUUGUCUGAAGUUUAAUGUUCCUCUGCAACUGCGAAUGUAAAACGGAGCUUAGGUCCAUGUUAUGCAGGCUUGUAUCCACACACACGGCAUUUCCACAGUUCUAUUGUCCGUGUUAGUGCCCCCCUCACGGCAUCAUGAAUAUGUCCUGUGGCGUGCACAUUUCCAAUCUUUUUGUGAACGGAAGCUUUGUAGUUCGUAAAAGUCUCGGAAUAGACAUGCAAAGUACUUAAGUUGAAUUUUCAUGAUGCUAAUCACCUGAGAGGACCUGGAAACUAAAGUAAACACUUUGUACAGAUGUUUCAUUGUAACUCAUGUAAGCUGGUUUUGUAAUAACUGUGUUUUCUGUGUAUUUGUUAACCAGCAUUCCUGUAAUGACAACAAAUUAAUGACAGCACAAUGUAUAUGCCGUUUAAAUGUGAUCAUCUAUGAAAAUGUACAGUCAACUCAUCUGUUUAUUGUAAACUUGUAAAACACACAUUGUAACUGAAUUGAAAUGUGAUUGAUUAUUUACAUUAAAGACAACAAUGCAGAUAUAA